CCGUGGGAGGGGAGAGGGAGAAGACAGCCCGCGAGGAUUCAGUGUUUGUGCGACAUUCAACGGAUACACAUCCACGCUCGGACUUUCUGCCGCUAUCCUUGAUAACUGUGGUACGCCCUAUCUCACAACUCAUCCAGCGAACUAUGAGCCUGCCAAAGUUCUACGGCCUCAACAGAUAGGAUCCCCGGGCUGCUCAGCAAUAACUCCACGGAACACAACAUGAGGACUUACCUUGCGCUCUUGCUGUGGGCCGCCGCGACCCUUGGUGUGGACGGCAUGGUCUUUUUUCAGGGCUCUGAGGGGGUAGUGGGGAAGGAAAUGGACCGACACAAAUCAAAACAUGGAGCGCCUCUCAGGCGAGCGAAGCGAGGCUGGAUGUGGAAUCAGUUCUUCCUGCAGGAGGAGUAUACUGGAUCAGACAAUCUCUACAUAGGCAAGCUGCACUCCGAUAUGGAUAAGGAGGAUGAGACCGUGAGGUACGUGCUCAACGGGGAAGGAGCGGGCACCAUCUUCAUUAUCAACGAGCAAACAGGGGACCUGCACGUCACACGGAGUCUGGACCGCGAGUCCAAGGCCAGCUACAUCCUGAGGGCCCAGGCCGUCAACAGGAAAACGGGCUACCCACUGGAGCCAGAGACGGAAUUCAUCGUGAAGGUCCACGACAUCAACGACAACGAGCCAAAGUUCCCUCAGGAGGUCUACUACGCCACCGUCCCAGAGAGGUCGAAUGCAGGCACAUCCGUGACCCAGGUAAUAGCCGAGGACGCAGACGACUCGAUGUUCGGCAUGGCGGCCAGGCUGGCCUACAGCAUCAGCCAGGGUCAUCCUUACUUCUCAGUGGAGCCAGCCACAGGCAUCAUCAGGACAGCCCUGGGGCCCUCUGACAUGGACAGGGAACAGCGGGAGCACUACCAGGUGGUGAUUGAGGCCAAGGACAUGGGCGGAUCCAGGGGAGGCCUCACAGGAAGUACCAUCGUCAACAUAACGCUCACUGACGUCAACGACAACCCUCCCCGAUUCCUCACAAGUGAUUUUUCGUUCAGUACCCCGGAGACCACAGAGAUGGGCACUCCCAUUGGGAGGGUGAAGGCUUUUGACAGGGACAUUGGCGUCAACGCCGAGAUGGACUUCAGCAUCAUCGGUGGAGAUGGACAGGACAUGUUUGAUAUUACCACUGACAGGAUCACACAGGAAGGGGUGCUCAGUGUUAAAAAGCCCCUGGAUUUUGAGAGGAAGAAGUCUUAUGACCUUAAGAUCCAGGUGCAGAACCCGCGUCCUCUGGUGGACCUGCAGAUGCAGGCAGUCAGCAAAGCCACCGUGCGCAUCAGCGUGGAGGACGUGGACGAGCCGCCGGUGUUCGAGCGCUUCACCUACAUCAUGGAGAUGAAGGAGAACACCGCCGCCGGCUCCACCGUGGGCUCCGUCAGUGCCAUGGACCCCGACAUCCGGCACGACCCUGUCAGGUAUUCCAUUGAUCGACACACGGAUCCAGAUCGUGUUUUUAAUGUUCACGGAGGAAACGGCUCCAUCUACCUGCUCAAGUCCCUGGACCGGGAGAAGGCAGCCUGGCAUAACAUCUCUGUUGUUGCCACUGAGUUCAACAAUCGGGAGCAGAAGAGUAGUGUUCCAGUGUUUAUCCGUGUCUUGGACGUCAACGACAACGCACCCACCCUCGCAUCCUUCUACGAGACGUUUGUCUGUGAAAAUGCAAAGUCUGGCCAGAAAAUUCAGACCAUCACAGCAGUGGAUGAAGACGAUCCUGCCGGUGGCCAUCGCUUCUUCUUCAAGCUGGCCCCGGAGAGUUUAGAGUUUAGACCCAAUUUCACUCUGAAAGACAACCAAGAUAGCACGGCAUCAAUUUUCACCCGCCGCACUGGCUAUCGCCGGCUACAGCAGAGCUCUUUCCAUCUCGCCGUGGUCAUCUCCGACGGCGACUACCCCAUGCAGAGCAGCACCAGCACGCUCACGGUGCGGGUGUGCACGUGCGACCGCGACGGCAACAUGGAGAUGUGCAACGCGGAGGCCCAGUCCGGAGUGGCCGGCCUCAGCACUGGCGCCCUGGUAGCCAUCCUGCUGUGUGUCAUCAUCCUGCUCCUGAUUGUGGUGCUCUUCGCUGCGCUGAAGAGGCAGAAGAAGAAGGAGCCCCUGAUCAUCUCCAAGGAGGACGUGCGGGACAACGUGGUCAGCUACAACGACGAGGGCGGCGGAGAGGAGGACACGCAGGCCUUCGACAUCGGCGCCCUGCGCCACCCCGAGACCAUGGAGGAGGCCGCCAAACAGCGACGGGACAUCAUGCCCUCCGAGACGCUCUUUGCGCCUCCGCCGCUGCUGAGGCGGAGCGUGGCAGCACCGGGCGGCAUGCCCCCAUCGCGGGACAACGCCGACGUGCGGGACUUCAUCAACCAGCGGGUGCUUGAGAAUGACCUGAACCCCACGGCGCCUCCGUACGACUCGCUAGCCACCUACGCCUACGAGGGCAACGGCUCAGUGGCCGAGUCGCUCAGCUCGCUGGGCUCGGCGUCCACGGAGGAUCCUGGGGAGCAAGACUACAACUACCUCAGCGAGUGGGGACCGCGCUUCCGCAAGCUCGCCGACAUGUACGGGGGCGAGGACAGCGACAGGGACUCCUGAGAAUCCCAAAAACGGAGCGUUCGCUGAGAAAAGACGGAAAAAACAAUCUGAAGAAAACUAAGAAAAACAGAAUCCGUUUCUGUUAAGGAAAGUGGAAUAUGCAGCCCGAGUUUUUUUUCUUUAAAACAAAAGUGCCCUUGACUCUUUUUUGUAACUGAUGCCGCAAAAUCUCUCCGCCAAUCUCUCUCUCUCUAUCCCUCACUCUCUCUCUCCCUCACUCUCUCUCUCUCCCUCUCUCUCUCUCUUUCUGUGGCAUCAAGCAGUUUGUUUGUUAUUUUUGUGCCAGGCAGACACUGAAGAGGAAGUGGGCUUCCCUUAUGAAGGGAAUCAAAGGAUUGUAAAAGCAUUCUGGUGCUUCUCACUUUAUUGUGCCAUCUCUGUGGCACUGCAGGCACUGCAUGUGUUGUGAAGGACACUGCCCAGUGAUAAAGGCUGAGGCCAUCUCAAUAAUCAGUAAUCAGUAAUCAAGUCCUUCUUCAGUGACUUAAGUACAGUGUCCAUUUCCUUCUCGAAAAACCAAAAUAUUGGAGAAUGUCUAACUGGUUACAGAUUUCUUCUGCUGUCAUAGACAUGGAUAUUACAGGCGAGUACACAGUCUCCUCUCUUCUGUGGAGAGUGUUUCAUCCUUAAUGAGGAAGUGCUACAUCAGCAUUAUUUCCUCCUUUGGAGUGGAGACAUGAGGACCACAUUAUACUCAGUGAAUGUUUCUCAACUUCGAUGACGUACACUCUUUUGUGACUGUGCAGUGUUCACAAAAUGUCGAGCCAGAACUUUAACACCCAAUGAUGUGUAUAUGUUUUGAUUUUCUGUGUACUGCCAUUUGAGGAACUUGGUUUUUUGUUUUGUUUUUUGUUUUCUGUGAAUAAAGAUGGGGAUCUUAUGUGUGCUAAAUGUAUUUGUUUAUUUCAGUUAACCUCCACUCAGCACUCUGCACACUGCACAAUGCACAGGUGAUGAUGACCUGUUAAAAAUCAAUUUGAGAGUUGAAGUCAAAUGUCUGUUUUAGUAAACUUAUCCACAAUGUUAUAGUCUAAAUCCGUUGAAGGUGAAUUUAUGAACCCUCAGUGGUUUUAUUUCUUUGUGCCACCAGGAGCUUAAACUUGAGAUUGCAUUUAUCUGUGUUUUGUGAAACAACAAAAGACAUUUGGUUCUGUUUUAUGAUGGCAGAUGCCACCUGGCUACUGCUGGCUUUUUUUCGCCCAGAAAGGAGCCAUGCUUUGAGAUUCGUGUGCUUAAGCAUUUUAUGACACUGCAAGUGUAGACUUUGGGCUAAAGUCAUGUUACAGUAUUGGGAGUAUGUGGUAGAUCAUGGUUGCUGUGUGGUUCAAUGAUCUAGUGCUUUGUUACAGUGACUUUGGGAACCUAGACAACUCUAUGUACUAAUUUGCUUUGUACCUUGUAAGAUUUUGUACCAAAUAUUUAUAAAGACAUAUGAUUACUGUAAUAUCCUUUGAUGUAUUUUGGAGGUGUAAAACUUAAAUGUGAGCAGUUUGCAGUUCAUAUGAGGAUGUGUUGAUUUUAUGAAAAUAAACAGUUU